CCCACGCCCUGGUAUACGUUGGCCGUGCAAAAGUGUUUUAGUGAAUUUCACGGCGUCCAAUAUGAUGAUACGCAGAAUGCGUCUCGCCUCUGCCUGGACGGGAUGUGGCACAACUACUCGGAUUAUGUCAACUGCACAGAACGCAUCGCCAACGUCUCCCCUACAGAUGUCGCUAGCCUCAUCUACCUCUCUGGCUACUCUCUCAGCUUAGCCGCACUAUCGCUUGCCGUCUUUGUAUUUCUCUAUUUUAAGGAUUUAAGAUGUCUUAGAAAUACUAUACAUACAAAUCUUAUGUCUACAUAUAUAUUAUCAGCUUGCAGUUGGAUGUUAAAUUUAGCUUUACAGAAUUGGUCGGAUGAAGCUCAACAAGAUCAAACGUCGUGUAUGAUAUUAGUUAUAUGCAUGCAUUAUUUCUACCUCACUAAUUUCUUCUGGAUGCUCGUAGAAGGACUGUACCUGUACAUGUUAGUUGUUGAAACAUUUACAGCUGAAAAUAUCAAACUUAAAGUUUACACCACUAUAGGUUGGGGUGCACCUGCCAUAUUCAUUAUAAUCUGGGUUAUUUCAAGGUGCUUUGUAACCGUGGUCCCUUCCACAGGGCCGGAUGAGUUAACUAUCGCCAGCGAUACAAAAAUGUGUAUUUGGAUCCACGAACACCAAGUAGACUGGAUCCACAAAGCUCCAGCUUUAAUUGGCUUGGCGCUAAAUUUGUUCUUUCUUAUAAGGAUCAUGUGGGUUUUGAUAACAAAACUGCGAUCGGCGAAUACAUUGGAAACGGAGCAAUACAGGAAGGCAACCAAAGCUCUAUUGGUCCUGAUCCCACUACUGGGCAUCACCAACUUGCUCGUGUUGUGCGGACCUAACGAUGACUCGUGGUUCGCACACGCAUUCGACUAUACACGAGCACUGAUGCUAUCAACUCAAGGUUUUACGGUAGCUCUGUUCUACUGCUUUAUGAACACUGAGGUGCGGCAUGCGAUCAGAUACCACGUGGAGCGGUGGAAGACUGGCCGCACCAUUGGCGGCGGCCGGCGGCGCGGCGCCUCCUAUUCUAAAGACUGGUCACCGCGCUCCAGAACGGAAAGCAUAAGGUUGUACAGUCAUCCUUCGAAGCGGGAGUCUGCAGCAUCAGAAACAACGACAACGACCCUACUGGUACCCAGAACAUCAUUAGCACCUCACCAUGACGGCAGACAUCUACACGCUGUAAGUACUAAAAAAGUUUGCCUCCAGGAGUACAUAACGAGUGGCAGCGCGAGCGGCGAUCAGUCACCGGUGUGAGGCGCGGGGCGGGGGAGGCUGCAUCGCCUGCGCACGCUGCCUGAGGAGGACUACCCCCUCGGCCCACCAUCUCCCGCCUCCCCCACAGCCCCCAAAUCCCCCGCCAGUAUCCCCUCCAACAACCGACCCUCAGACUUAAAUUGCACAACGCCAAAAUUGUUUAAUACUUUAAAUUAGUUGCCGAUGUUCAGUGCCGUAAGUAGCUGUGGCUUCGCACUUUCUAAGUCGCAGUGUUUUGCUUCCGCCAUCGAAAUACCCGAAACAGAUUAUAAAGAUUGAUAAAAAAAUUAACCGACGGCUUAUAGUGCUUAUUUUACAUUUAUGUUUCGGUAGUGGAAGCCCAUUGUUAACUCACCUGCUUGGAACUAGGUACUAAUGCAAAUCAGGAACAGAGGUUUAGUUAUGUAAUUAUUACUUCAUAUCUAAGUAUAUUUAAGA